AUGUCGAGGCCAAAUACAGGCUCAUCAAGACCCCUGGGAACACACUCCAAGUCCGCAGUUGGCGCUGCAACAAAUCCCAUCUCUGCAAUGCCAGUCAACGCUCCUCGCCGGUCCGCAGGUGCUGUCCCAGGUAUUGCCCGUGCCGCCUCCAACCUCCGUCAACUAGGCUCGUCACCAACAUCAGCGGGCCCUCUCACCUCCCUGCCGGCCCACUUGCGCAACUUGUCAACCCCGCGCAUCCCCUCGCCGCUGGGCAAGGGCACCCCGCACACUUCGUCGAGGCAGUCCUUCCCAGCACGCACAUCCAAGACGACUGAGAAACAUGUCUUCCUGCCGGAAGAUCCGCAGCUCGCUCCGCUCCCAAGUACGAGCGGCGCCAGCGUCGGUAUUCCUGGGCGUCCCCGCUCAUUAUCCAGCUCGUCGGUAGGCGCAAGCGGAUUGCCGGGCUCGCUGGCCGGUCGUGGCGUGUCGCCGUACCACCAGGACGAGCGCAACGAGGCCGAGAAGAUGAACAAACGUGAACGUACAGAGGCCGGUCUUCCACGCCUCACGGCGUACAGUACGGCCGAGGGAUAUCGCCUCAAGCUGCUGCAAGCGUUCCUCAAGCGUGAGCACGGUGUCGCUGUUGUGCGCGUCUUUGACGAUUGUAUCUACGCGGUCUACCACCUUCCCCUGCUCCCAGGUUACGGCGCAAGCACGCGUAUACGCUCUUCGCCCGCUGUCAAGUCCCCCGGUGGCGUGUCCAUGCUGGAGCGCAUGACCCAUGCCGAGGAAGUGGGCUACGAGGAUGAAUACUUUCCCAUUGCGCCCGAGGACGCCGCGGUGGCCCCUCACAACCCCCACGACCCAUCCGAGUACAUUCUCAGCCACUCGCCUCCCUCCCCCGUCCCCGUCCUCGACUCGAUGGACUCUGUGAUGGAGCACCACCGCGCUGCUGCCGAACAUGACAUUGAGGAACACAUGGGCGAGCACGUCACGGUCGUGGACCUUGGCGACCGGUCGCGCCAAGACAUUGAGCGCGGCCAAUACGAACAUGACCACCACCACGAGGACCUGCCACGCGAUGCCGCCGAGACGCAGCUGUCGGAUGCGCACCCGACCUAUGUCGAGCACAUUGCCAGCCCAGACUUGGAUCAGGGCGAGCUGCAACAGCAGCAACAGCACUCCCUGCGCGGCCUCAAGCGCUACCCUUCGCCUCCCGGCCGCCAUCGCCGUCGUCGUUCCCGCUCGUCCCAGAACGUCGCCGAGGCCGUCUUCUUCUCGUACGGUGUCAGCGUGUUCUUUGGUUUCCAAGCAGACGAGGAGCGCACCAUCAUGGCCGACUGCGACGCCGCUGGCGUGUGGCAGCACAGCAUGGACGAGGAUGACUGGGAGGUCGACGAGUUCCACUAUGUGUACGACAAUGAGGCCGAGUCGCCGCGCAUCUACAACGACAUGUUCACCUUUAAGUCGCGCUCGCACCUGUUCAAGCUGAGCUUGGCGCAUGCGAUUGCCCAGUCGACCAAGCUGUCGAUCUACGAGGCCAACAUGCAGGAAUCGCUUGAACUGACCGCGUCGUUCCCCAAGGAACUGAGCAUGACGGGCCACCUCCAGCUCGACCGUAUCCAGGCGCUCAAGAUGACUGGCCGUCUGUUCCGCUUGCGCAUGGACGUCAACCUCAUCGGCGGUGUCCUCGACACGCCCGAGCUCUUCUGGUCCGAAGCGUCCCUGUACCCACUGUACGAGGCCAUCAACCAGUACCUGGAGAUUGGCCCGCGCGUCCAGGUCCUCAACGACCGCCUCGCGGUCGUCGGCGACCUGCUCGAGAUUAUCCACGACUACAUUGACCAGCGCGCCAUGCACCGCAUCACGUGGAUUGUCAUCAUCCUCAUUGGCGCCGCCAUCGUCGUCGCCUGUGGUGAAAUCAUGGCCCGCCUCGUCUUCCACUCCAUCUCGCGCGACAAGGGCGACUUUGUCAUGAUCAGGGGCACGCGCGCGUUGUUGGGUAUUACAAAGUUUAACAAGUAG